AUGACAGUUCGUAAUUUUGUGCGUGCUUGGUUAGCUUUCACUGUGCUACAACUUAUUGGUAAUAUCUGGCAGUGUUUUCUGCCUGGGAAAUUCGUUACAGAUAAGAAAUCCACUGCAGUACCAUUUCUCGUGCAUUAUUGGAUGAUGUUAAUAUUACGGCUCUUUGUAAUCUACUGUUUUGAUUGUAUCCCUCUUCAAGUAUUUCAUAUCAUUUGUUCUGUUACAUCAGUGGCUUUCUUAAGUUUUGAAGUUUUCUACGUUAACUUUUUAAAGAAAUCAACGGCUUUGAACAUGCAGGUUGCUUUAUCCGGCGGCACAGUGUUGCUCAUUAUUUCUACUUGGAAAUAUUUAUUCACGGCUACGGAAACAAAAAAGAAGAGAAGAAAAACGUCAACUACCAUGCAUGCAAUGAAACCUAGCUACAUAAAUUUUAAAAAACAAAAUUAA